AUGAUUUUAAUAAUCAAUUUAUUCCUGUACGUGCGGCAGCGUGAAACUCGCGAGUUGCUCGGAGGUAAAUAGCAAAGGAUAUUCAGAGUUUGAGUAGCCAGUCAGAGCGCACCUUCAACGCUGUCCACUGCUUUAGUAUAUACUAAUGACCUUUUACUUGUCGAAACCUUGUCGAAAACCAUUGCAUUAAUUCUUGACAUGGUUUCAUCGUUUCAGAAGUUUCAAGUGAGAAUGACUGUGACGAACAAGCGAAGGAAACAAGAUGCACUUGCGGUAAAAACAAGAAAAAUAAGUCAGUUUCAGAUAUUUUCUGUGUUUCUGGUAAAUGCCCAUGCCACAAAGUGAACCACUCUUGUACCCGCUCGUGUAGAUGUUACAAUUGCAAAAAUACGUGCAAUUCCAAUGAAGUUGUGAAGGUAAAAAAGAGUCUGAAGAGAGGCUGUAGUUGCGGAGUUGGACAAAAGAGCAAAGGGGACGGAGCACCAAAUGCAAGUCACAAGUCGUGUCAAGACAGUCUCCGCAAGUCGAAGUGUCCGUGUGUAGCGGGUUGCAUAGGAUGCACCGAAGUCUGCAGAUGCUUUAAUUGUGGAAACAUUGUUCAAGCUCGAGCUGACCCGGAAAAUCCCAAAACGAAAAAGAAGCGAAAUAGGGCGACCGUCUCUCCAUAUAAGAGGAAAAAGGGAUCAAAGUUCAUGAUAAGUCAAAAUGCAGAGGUGGAUUGUGGACCAUGGAGAAACAUU